UAAAAUUUCGAAGAUGUAUAAAAUUUUACCCUUCGUUCCGGCUGUUGAAUUUGCUCUGCCAAAUUUACCCGUGGAGCUUUGGGCCAUCAUCUUGAGGUGUCUGGACCCAUCUUCACUUCUAACUGCUGCUGGAUCUAACGUCCUGUGGAAACAAAUCGCCCAAGGAGAUCCUGUUUUGAGGAAGACCAUCAAGGACCAAAGGGUGUUGAAGAAACGAAGAGGCCGAGACGAGAUGCUCAACCCAGGGCUAUUGAUAUCCAUAACCAGAGAUGGACCCGGAAGAUUGUUGGGAUUCAACGCUACCAAAAUUGUUCGAAGACAGGUUCCAGCACGAGCACCAGUUACCACCCCCGAAAAAAGAAAACGCCCUCAAAAUAAAGACACUGGACCUCUGCGCAAAAAAAUAAUGCGAUGUUAAUAAAACUAUUGUAAUAUUGUAAAUAUUUUUAUUUUAUUUAAACUAAGAAUAUUUUUGUUACUAGCAGCCC